AUGAAAGUGCCAGCAAGCCUCGUCGUGGCCGCGUUGGCUGCGCUGAGCGUCAACGCCGAGUCCAAGGGCUCGUACAGUUUGACCUCCGGGUCGGCGGACUCCGCCGAACAAACGCUCCAGACGACGUCGGGCUCUGGUUACUCGGCCGAGUCUUCCGCCGAGACGAGCGCUUCGUCCCUCGAAGGCUGGGAUGUUACUUCCACGGAGGGAUCGGUCACUGAGUCCUCGGCCGAGACGAGCUCGUCCUCGCUUGGGGGCUUGGAUGUCACCUCCACCGAGGGCUCCACGACUGAGUCUUCGGCCGCUACCAGUUCGUCUUCUCUUGCUGGCUCAGAAACGACCGAGGGCUCCUCGAGCUACUCGACCGAGUCUUCUUCGAGCUACCCAACCGAGUCGUCCGCGGAGACCAGCUCCACUGGUUCAUCGCUUGAGACGAGCUCGACCGGUUCGUCGCUCAAGACCAGUUCGACCGAGACCAGUACUACGGGUUCGACUACGGAGACGGGCUCGAGCACCGAGGAGAGUACGUCGGACGGUACCUUCACGGACGAGCAGAAGUCGAUCUGGAUCGAGCGCCACAACUACUUCCGCAUGACGGCCUUGCCAUGGGCAGCAGGAAACAUGCAGCGCAUGAACUGGGACGACGACCUCGCGAAGGCCGCCGCCUCUGCGGCCGCCAGCUGCUCGGCGUCUACGACUACGGGCCUCAACGUGUUCGAGUCCACUUCCACGGAUCCAUCGACGGUAAUGGAGGAGGCGAUCAAUGACUGGGUGGUGAAGCCAGCGCUCUCGAAAAUUGGCAUGGUGGUUCCGCCCUCCAAGGAGGGCGACUCUGUGGGCGCGGGACUCUACAACUCGUACUCGCAGGUGGUCUGGGCCUCGACGACUAGCGUCGGCUGUGCCAUGGCCAGUUGCUCGGGUGGGUCGAUGGUGGCCUGCGAGUACUCGCCCGCAGGAAACGACGGCAAGUCCGCGUGGUACGUCCACGCUGCUCAGGCCACGCAGUGUCCGACCGGGACGACGGCCAGCCACGGCCUGUGCAUUGUCGAGGGAGACGCGGCCAAUGACCUCAUCGCGCCGAUCCCCGACGGUAAGUGGUCGUUCCAGGUCUACCCGACGUUCGUGUCCGACAUUAUGGCGACCAUCCUGGAGGCGGCCAGGGCGAGGGAUGCUGCGGGCAGCGCGCCCGCGAUUUCUGGUGGAUCGGCAGCGUACCAGUCGUCGUCCCCCUUCAGCUCGGAGGAGUCGAGCUCGGACACUGAGCAGACCUCGAGCUCGACCGAGACUUCUUCAGGAUACACGACCGAUUUCUCCGCUGAAACAGGUUACUCCGGUCUGGGCAGCGGCUGGGACGUGACCUCUACUGAGGGCUCUGCCACGGAUUCGUCGGCCGAGACGGGCUCGUCUUCGCUUGGCGGCUACGGCGUUAGCUCUACCUCCGGAUCGUCGGGCUACUCGGAGUCAUCUGGGGAGACGACCUCGUCCUCGCUUGGUGGCUACGAUGUCAGCUCCACCUCUGGAUCGGACGCUACGACGCAGUCUUCUUCCAGCUCGCUGACUGAGUCCUCUGGCCUUGGCGGCGGCUGGGAUGUGACGUCCACCUCGGGCUCGGCUGCCACGACCAGCUCGGCUUCGACGGAGGGCGUCGCCUCCACCUCCGGAUCGACCAUGGAGACGAGCUCCUCUUCGCUUGGCGGCUACUCUUCGACCGAGAGCUCCUCGAGCUCUUCAUCGUCGGAGGCUACGAGCUCCGGUUCAUCGACCGAGACGAGCGAGGACAGCGAGCUGCCAGGUAAGGUGAAGCCUAGCUCGGCGAGUGGAUCGUCCUUCAAGAACCAGGCCGAGUCGCCGUCGACGUCGACGUCCACGGGGUCGACCAAGUCCGGCGGAGACUCGGCCAAGCAGGAGUCGACCGAGCAGGAGGAGUCGACCAAGCAGGAGAGCAGCACUCCCACGUCGGCCAGCUCGGGUGCGACGACCACUGUGUCGGCCAAGAACGCGUCGGGUGGCGUCAAGUCGGGAGGAUCGACGAUGUCUGCCGCUGGCGUGGCCGGCCUCAUCGUGCUCGGUGUCGUGGCCGUGGCUGCCUUCAUGGUGUUCGUGAGCUACCGCAAGAACCAGCAGCGCCAGCGCGACAUCAUGCGCGACGGCGGCAUCCAUGUCAUUUAA